UUUUAUUUCUUUAAAAUUUCAGAGGAGACUUGGUGUUAAAUGCUGUAUACAGAAAAUUUCAACUUCAGCCUGUUCAACACAGAUGUCUUUCUCUCUGUGGGUUUUGUAUCAAGACCUUGAGAAUAAAAUACACAUGGCACAGAUUGUAAUAUUUUUUCAGAUGCUGUUAGUUCUGCUACUUCAUGAUUAUAUCUCAGCUGAAGAUGGCGAAACAAGAGCAAGUUGCAGAACUGCUCCGGCAGAUUUAGUUUUUAUUUUGGAUGGCUCUUACAGUGUUGGCCCAGAAAACUUUGAAAUAAUCAAAAGUUGGCUUGUCAAUAUUACAAGAAAUUUUGACAUAGGGCCAAAGUUUAUUCAAGUCGGAGUUGUCCAGUACAGUGAUUACCCUGUACUUGAAAUUCCCCUUGGAACUCAUGAAUCCACUGAGAAUCUCAUCAGAGAAAUGGAGUCCAUACACUAUCUGGGAGGAAAUACAAGAACAGGAAGAGCUAUUCAGUUUGCCUUUGACCAUCUUUUUGCAAAAUCUUCACGAUUUUUAACAAAAAUAGCAGUGGUUCUCACUGAUGGAAAAUCCCAAGAUGAAGUCAAAGAUGCAGCAGCAGAAGCAAGGAAAAAUAAAAUCACUUUGUUUGCAAUUGGUGUUGGCUCAGAAAUUGAGGAGGAUGAACUUAAAGCUAUUGCCAAUAAACCUUCAUCAACUUAUGUAUUUUAUGUUGAAGACUAUAUUGCAAUAUCAAGAAUUAAAGAAGUUAUAAAACAGAAACUCUGUGAAGAAUCUGUUUGUCCGACAAGAAUUCCAGUGGCAGCUCGAGAUGAAAAAGGAUUUGACAUUCUUGUAGGAUUAGGCGUGAAGAAAAAAGUUAAAAAGAGAAUUCAAAUAUCAACCACUAAUGUAAAAGCUUAUGAAGUAACCUCACGUGUUGACCUCUCAGAAUUAACAAGGAAUGUGUUUCCAGAAGGUCUCCCUCCAUCCUAUGUGUUUGUUUCCACUCAAAGAUUUAAAGUAAAAAAGACAUGGGAUUUGUGGAGAAUCCUGAGUCUAGAUAAGAGACCACAGAUAGCAGUCACUGUUAAUGGAGAAGAGAAAACAUUAUCAUUCACUACAACAAGUUUAAUAAAUGGCACACAAGUUAUUACAUUUGCUACACCUCAUGUAAAGACAUUGUUUGAUGAAGGCUGGCAUCAAAUUCGUCUCUUAGUAACAGAAGACUUUGUAACUUUGUAUAUAGAUGGCCAAGAAAUUGAAACAAAGCCAUUGCAUCCUGUUUUAGGUAUUUACAUCAGUGGCCUAACCCAAAUAGGAAAGUAUUCUGGAAAGGAGGAAACGGUACAGUUUGAUAUACAAAAACUGCGAAUCUACUGUGACCCAGAGCAAAAUAAUCGAGAAACAGUCUGUGAGAUCCCAGGAUUUAAUGGAGAGUGCAUGAAUGGUCCCAGUGAUGUAGGCUCAACACCUGCCCCCUGCAUAUGCCCACCAGGAAAGCAAGGACCUCCAGGCCCCAAAGGUGACCCUGGGCAGCCUGGGAAUCAUGGUUAUCCUGGUCUGCCUGGUCCAGAUGGUAAGCCUGGAUACCAGGGAUCAGCAGGAACUCCAGGUAUCCCAGGAACUCCAGGGAUUCAAGGACCUCGUGGCUUGCCAGGUAUCAAGGGAGAACCAGGAAAAGAUGGGGCAAAGGGUGACAGUGGACUACCUGGUUUUCCUGGAUUGCAUGGGAUGCCAGCACCAAAGGGAGAAAGAGGUCCUAAAGGAGAUCAAGGAGUGCCAGGAAUAUACGGAAAAAAGGGUUCAAAAGGAGAGAAGGGUGAUACAGGGCUUCCAGGACUGCCUGGGCGAUCUGGAGACCCUGGCAGAAAUGGGAAAGAUGGAUUACCGGGCAGUCCUGGCUUCAAGGGAGAAGUUGGGCAGCCUGGAUCUCCAGGCCUAGAAGGACAUCGAGGAGAGCCUGGAAUUCCUGGAAUUCCUGGAAAUCAAGGAGCAAAAGGACAAAAGGGUGAAAUUGGACCGCCAGGUCAACCAGGAGCAAAAGGGUCACCAGGAGAUACUGGUUUGAUGGGACCAGAGGGUUCACUUGGUCUACCUGGAGCUCCUGGGCCUAAGGGUGAUAAAGGUGAACCAGGAAUACAGGGGAAACCAGGAUCAUCAGGAGCCAAGGGAGAUCUAGGCGUACCGGGGGCUCCAGGUGAACCAGGCUACCCAGGCAUUCCUGGUACCCAGGGAUUAAAGGGGGAGAAAGGAAACCAAGGUGACACUGGUAUCCAGGGACUGAAAGGAGAAAAAGGAAGACAAGGAAAUCCAGGCUUACAGGGAGUAGAAGGAUUGAGUGGAGAACGAGGAGAGAAAGGUGAGAAAGGAGAUCCAGGCAUUCGAGGCAUCAGUGGACAAAAAGGAGAAUCUGGUGUCCAGGGUUUGAUUGGACCUCCUGGCCUCAGAGGUCAGCCAGGAGAUAGAGGACCCCCAGGACCACCCGGAUCAGAUGGAAAACCUGCACGAGAAUUUUCAGAAGAGUUUAUUCGACAGGUGUGUUCAGAUGUACUGAGAACCCAGUUGCCUGCCAUUCUCCAGAGUGGAAGACUACAAAACUGUAACCAUUGUCAGUCCCAAAGUGCUCCCCCAGGACUUCCAGGACCACCAGGUCCAAGAGGCCCUGAAGGUCCAAGAGGGUUUCCUGGUUUACCAGGGAAUGAUGGCAUUCCGGGGCUGAUGGGCUUGCCAGGUCGCCCUGGGGCUCGAGGGACAAGAGGACUGCCAGGGAAGAAUGGUGCAAAAGGCAACCAAGGAGUUGGUGUUCCUGGGAUCCAAGGCCCCCCAGGACCUCCAGGUCCUGAAGGUCCACCAGGCAUGAGUAAGGAAGGACGUCCUGGAGAGCGUGGGCAGCCUGGUAAAGACGGAAAUCGUGGCACUCCAGGAAUUCCAGGACCAGUUGGACCCCCUGGAAUUUGUGACCCAUCACUGUGUUUUAGUGUAAUUGUGGGGAGAGAUCCAUUUAGAAAAGGACCAAAUUAUUAAUUUGUGAUAUGAUAAUUUAGAGGAAUAGUCACGGUGCUUAUCUUUCAUGGUCUUUCAAAGCUCAGGAAGGUGACCAGCAAUAAUCCCAUAAGAAGGAACAAAAGUACCUCUAACAUUAAAAGCGUUAUAAAUAAUGAUCUCAAAGGUUAUACAUUCCUUUAGACAAAAAACUCCAAAACUCCAGUAACUUUUUUUUUACACCUUGCACUGGUUGAAUCUCAAGUGUUUUUAAAGAGAUUAUCAGUUUUAAUAGAAAUAAAAUUAACUAUAAUAUUUGGUAUUUAGUAUUUAAGUGGCCUAUCAUUCUCCUUUUACCUCUUUUUACCAAAGAAAGUCCUUUGCAAAAUUGCUGGAAACACCACUGGGAGCAGAAUUAGAUCUCAAAUGGCAUUGGUCAGGUAUAAAUAACUGUGAAAUUUUUCACAUGCAGCCAACAUACGCAGUAUUUGAUUUUGAAAGAAUGUGGCUGGCUGUGACUUUGUAUUUGUGCAAAUUUCAUUGCCUUAUUUACAUUUCAUAUGUCAUUGCUCCAGAUAUGAGUGAAAGAAUGUUACCAGAUUUUUAUGAAUUAAGACAGAUACUUGACUCAUCACAGGAGAAAUGCCACCUGUUUUCCCAUGCAGCUCUGCUUAAAAUCGAGCUGAAAUGCAAGGGUAGAACUACAGGUUCAAAGGCCAAGGUUUCAUUGAAGAUGGUAUUGUCAGCUACUAAAUGUCAAUAGUUUCAAUGUGGGUGAUUCAACUCAUAUGAAAAUAGCAUUAAAAAUAAAAAGGAGCAAAAACCUGACUUAGCUGGCUUUAGCUAUGAUUUGACAAAAUUAAAGAUUUAAAAAUGUUUGCACAACCCCAAUGUAACAGUUCUGUGUAGUGAAGUAUCAAAUUAUAUACCCUUUGCUGUUUCUGCUCAAGGACUGUGUUGCCAAAUUGAAGAAGCAGGUUUACAAGGAGAAAGGUCUAUCUGGUGGCUGACCAGCUGCAAUGUUUGUUAUUAUGUUUUCUUUUUCAUUUUAAGCCAGCUGUGUGUAAUUUUCAUUGUAUGCUUUGCUAAUGAAGUUUAUUGCUUGCUUUUGCAUAAAGAGCAAAGACACAGUUCCCAUGAGAAUUUAAAAUUAAUUUCUUAAAUUAAGGCAGAGUCCUGUAUUAAGUUAACCCAUGCUUCAUAAGUCACUUUUUCUAAUGUGUUGUUUUUCUGUUGUCCUACUAUCAGAGACUGUUAAUAUGCUUGACAUUCAAGGUAAAAUAAAAUACACACUUUCCAAUAA